GCUGCAGGUCAUGUGACAGCAGUACACCAGGAAGCAGCCCAGAGUCCAGGCUGCUGUCAGCUGCUAUGAGCCGGGUCCUGUGACUGCGCUCGUUAUAGACUGUUAAACCCUGAAGUCAUCAAUGGCAUCUGAGAGUCAAGAUGUGGGCGACAAGGGCGAGUCUGGCAGCCCCAAACUGCAGUUCGUCCCUUUCGCCAGUGCGCUAGAUGCAGGAUUUUGGCAUCAGCUCACUCAAAAGAAACUGAAUGAGUACCGGCUUGACGAAUCGGCCAAAGCGAUCAAGGGUUAUUAUUAUAAUGGUGAUCCUGCUGGGCUUCCAACUCGGCUCACUCUGGAAUUCAGUGCCUUUGACAUGAAUGUUCCCACCCCAGCGCGCUCUUGUCCGUCUCUUGGCUCUUUAUACAACACAAACACUUUAGAUUCCUUCAAGAAAUGUGACAAGAAAGCCUUGCUGGAUCAAGCAGCUAAUGAGAUAUGGGAAGCAAUCAAAUCUGGCGAAGCUGUCAAGAACCCAAUUCUCCUGAAUAAAUUCCUUCUGCUGACAUUUGCAGAUUUGAAGAAGUAUCAUUUCUAUUAUUGGUUUUGUUUUCCUGCAUUGUGCCUUUCGGAUGGCAUAGAAGUGAUUAAGCCUCCAGUGUCUAUUGGUGAAAAGUUUUCUGAAGCUCAGGUGCUCGCAUUUCAGAAAGCCUAUGAUGAUUUCUGUCAAGCAGAAGGAGGCGUUCCACAACCUUACUUCUUAAUCCGUUACACGGGGGAUACUUUUUCAAUGUCCCCUUUGCUGAAAUUCCAGGAAUUCUAUACGGAUGAGGACAAGGUAACGCUUGGAGUAUAUGACCCAUGCACUUUGGCCCAGUACCCUGGAUGGCCUCUGAGGAAUGUCUUGGUGCUGGCAGCUUUACACUGGGGCAGCCGGGUACAGUCCAUUGAAGUCAUUUGCCUCCGAGACCGAACUCUACAGGGGGAAAGGGACAUAAAGCACAGCAUCAGCUUUGAAAUUAAGUUGCCGCCAGUGGCACAGAGCCAAGUUUGCCCAAAAGCUGUUGGAUGGGAAAAAAACCAAAAAGGUGGGAUGGGUCCCCGAAUGGUGAACCUGAGUGAAUGUAUGGACCCCAAGAGGUUAGCAGAAUCAUCAGUGGAUCUUAACCUAAAGUUGAUGCGCUGGAGACUAGUGCCCACUCUGGAUUUGGAGAAAGUGAUCUCCACUAAGUGCUUGUUACUGGGAGCGGGAACACUCGGGUGCAACGUUGCCAGGACAUUAAUGGGAUGGGGAGUAAGACAUGUUACCUUUGUGGACAAUGCCAAAAUCUCCUACUCUAACCCUGUUCGGCAGCCUCUCUACGAGUUUGAAGACUGCCUUGGAGGCGGAAAAUCAAAGGCUUUGGCAGCGGCAGAGAAACUUCAAAAGAUCUUCCCUGGCAUGAUUACUAAAGGAUUUAACAUGAGUAUUCCAAUGCCGGGUCAUCCUGUGAACUUCUCUGAGGAGACUAUGAAUGAGGCAGCUAAAGAGGUGGAGAAGCUGGAGGCUCUCAUUGCUGAGCACGACGUUGUCUUCCUUCUAAUGGACACACGGGAAAGUCGAUGGCUUCCCACUGUCAUUGCUGCAAGCCAGAAGAAGUUAGUCAUCAACGCUGCUCUGGGGUUUGACACCUUUGUGGUGAUGAGACAUGGGCUGAAGAAAGGGAAGCAGGAGGAAGCCAAUGAUUCACACGCCAGUGUUCCUGGCUCAUCCGAUCUCCUGGGCUCUUCUCUGUUCUCCAACAUCCCCGGCUACAAGCUCGGCUGCUAUUUCUGUAAUGAUGUGGUGGCCCCAGGGGAUUCCACUAGAGACCGCACUCUGGAUCAGCAGUGUACUGUGAGCCGGCCGGGUCUUUCCAUGAUAGCUGGUGCAUUGGCAGUGGAACUGAUGGUGUCAGUUUUACAGCAUCCUGAAGGAGGUUAUGCUGUGGCAAAUAGCAGUGACGAUCGGAUGAAUGAGCCCCCAACUUCCUUGGGUCUUGUUCCACAUCAGAUCCGAGGAUUUUUGUCAAGAUUUGACAAUGUUUUGCCUGUGAGCCUUGCGUUUGACAAGUGUACAGCCUGUUCUCUAAAGGUGAUUGAUCAGUAUGAGAAAGAUGGCUUCCAGUUCUUGGCCGAAGUUUUCAACUCUUCGCAUUCCUUUCUGGAAGAUUUAACCGGCCUUACGUUAUUGCAUCAGGAGACGCAGGCAGCGGAGAUCUGGGACAUGAGUGAUGAUGAAGUGAUCUAGUGGAAAAGAUUCCCCAUGGUUGUUGUGUGCAAUAAAUAUCAUCAACAUCCAGCUUUUCGUUUCCUGGCUGCUAAUAAGUGGAACUAUUUCAUUUUGUCUUUCUAUUAAAGAGGCAUUGUGUUAACGGGUUAUUCUUACUAUUAAAAUGAGUAUUCCAGGAUUUUAAUAUUGAUGGCAUAGCAGUGCUGCAGUAACCAGCUUCAUCCUCUACACAGUCGAUGUAGCUGUUUAGUUUUGAGGCCGGACCUACUCUACAGGGUGUCAGACCCCUGCCAGUCAGAUAUUGAUGGCCUAUCCUGAGGAUAGGCUAUCAAUAUUAAAAUCCUGAAAUACGCCUUUUAAAUCACAAUGUGGUUAUUUUCUAUUUGAUUUAUUUUACAUGUUAUAACAGAUCAGAUCUACUUUUACGGUAACUCCAGAUUCCAUAUUUAAAUGAGUUCUCCAAAAAUUGCUUUUUUCAGGAAUAGUCCAGCUUGUGUAUUGACCGUGUCUUGUGUUGCAGCAUUCAAGUAAAUGGGGCCAGUGUCAGACUGGGCUGUCUAGGGCACACUAGUAAAAUUUAUUUUGGGGGCCCACCAUACGGAUACAUCCAAAUAUUACCUCCUCACACAGCAGCAGACAGCAGCAAGACGCUAGAAGAUGGUUAAUUAUGGGGUCCUUGAAGCAACUUUGAGAACACCGGUCCCUGGGAAAGGAGGGCACUGGCUGUCCUGCCUUUGUACCUAUAAGUCAUCUCUAUAAUAAUGUGUCUAUAAUAAUAAACUGGGUAAUUUCCUAAGUAGUCUACCCAGUUUUUUUUAUAUCAACAUAAGCUGGUUGAGGUGCUGUACACUACCGAUCUAUAUGUAGUGCAGUAAGUCUACUGUGUCAUGUGCCACUUGCGCAGGGGGUGGAAGACAAGGGGCCCACCUUGCGCAGGGGCCCACCGGGGGAUUCACCUGUACCCCUGUGGGCCAGUCCAAGCCUGAAUGGGCUGAGCUGCAGUACCAGACACAGUCCAUGGACAAGUGUGUUUUUGGAAACUCGAUGCUGGACAACCCCUUUAAUGAGAUCAAACCUUUUUGCUUCUUUUUCUCCAUGUAAAUAUAUAUUUACAAAUUUAAAAAAAAUCAAUAUAUAUGUAUAAAAAUAUAUAAAAAACCAUAGGAAACAAAGUAUACAUACAAAGCAACCCUAUGCUAGUAAUAUGCAAUACCCUGAUCCCAGCAUAUCAGUCAUAUCCUAGAACAUAUUACAAAGCUUUUUAUGAAUGAUAAAACAGCCAUAUAUCACCCAUGAAUGGUCAUAUAUCACUGAUGAACAGUAAUGGGCAGAGGUGCGUUACAAUAUAAUACAUUAUGUUUACAUAUGUAAGUGCUAUAGUUUAAAUUCACAGAGUGAGCAGUAAUAUUGUUAAAUGAUAUUCUGCAGUGCAGCUAUUUAGCAGUUUAAUUGAAAAUGUUGAACUCUCUUGUUACAUCAAAGGUCUUAUUUGAUGGUUUCUUGGCCAUAGACAUAGACGGUAAUUAUUUGAUCAUAUGAAAAUCUGUGUUUAAAUUUCAACAAUAAAAACCCUUAGGUAUGGUCCCAUUUUUGUUGUUGUUUGUAAAGCAAUUACAGAGAAGAUAUUCUCUGAUUGUUUUUACAAAAAACAUUGUUCCACACGUAAACUUACACUCGAGAUUUGCUUGUAUUGAUCAUUGAUGGUCAGUGUAAGCAGUCUAUUUUGGGUUAUCCGGACUUCAAAUGGAUGAGCAAUCCAUGGGAUAAUCUGGUCACACACAGUUAAUAUCACCAACCAUUCCCAUUUUAUUAAGGUGUAUCCAUAUAAAUGGCCCACCCUGUAGAUGUGGCCUAUCCUAAGGCUGGUGGGUUCAAACGAUACAUCUAAUGUGUAUGGCCAGCCCAUAAGAUUUAGUUACAGGUAACUUCUUUACUUUCCUUUAAAGGACAUUAACCCUAUUACCGUAGUUAUUUUCAGUAGAAAAUGAAGUCUAUAUAAUUCAUUUAAUCUAUGAUCUACUUAGUUACUUUAAAACCUUUAAAAUAUUGGAUCAUUUAUCUUAAUAACUAUGUCUGUGGCCAACAAGUUAACGUGUUAUUAAGCAGCAAAAAAAUAAUAAUGACACUGUGAUUACACCAGAUGUAUGUUGGGCUUUUUGUUUUUCUUAGUUUCCUAUGGCCCCUUUUGCCUUAGUCUGUGUUAAUUUUUGUAUCGAAGGCUGCGUUUGGAACUUUAGAUUUUAUUGAAAGAAAAGGCCUAAAUGCAGAGCUAUUUCCCCCCCACCCCUCAAGACAACACAAACCUUGAUGGAACCCAACCAUUACAAGUCAGUUGCGUCAGUUGGGUGCUAUUGGCUUUAAUGCAUAACAUAUGACCAGAUCUUGUAAUAUUGCAUGUAACAGCGUCUUUAUGGUUGGGGUGGGUGUGUGCCUAUGGGCCAUCAGUGAUCGCGAGCCAAAACCAGAAGUGGAGCCUACACAGAGAUGAGGAAGAUUGGUUUUGGCUUACAAUCACUGAUAGAAAUCACUGACCAAAUCACUGAAGUGUGAACUAGGCCUAAAGGUACAGCCAUAUGUUCAGGUUUUCUGAUUCAGAUUUGAAUAUUGGGAGUGAAUCAUAAAAGUAGAGAAGGAUAGAUACUACUGUUCCUGUUAGUUUAAUUUAUUGGCUUCCAAAACUGCAUCAGGAAACCUGACUGUGUGGCCACAGCCUAAAAGCUCUGCAAUUCUAGACCAGUUCAUGAUCAAGAUAUAGUGGUGAUCGAUGCACACCCAUCCACUGAACUUGGAUUAUUACAAUGUGAUCAUUUUACAUUAUUAAGAAUGUGUUGUCUUUUCGAGGGAAUAUGUCAGCCCCAAAACACCCCCUAAAUAGUCUAAGUGGUGUAUAGUGUAAGCCAAGGAUGUUCAACCUGUGGCCCUCCAGCUGUUCUAAAACUACAACUCCCAUCAUGCCCUGCUGUAGGCUGAUAGCUGUAGGCUGUCCAGGCAUGCUGGGAGUUGUAGUUUUACAACAGCUGGAGGGCCACAGGUUGGGCAUCCCUGGUGUAAGCAAUGCUGAGUCCAGUCAUGUAAUUUUUGUCUUCAUACUCGCUUGUGUUCUGACGCCGUGCUUCCACAAACCAGCAGUAAAAUACAUUGGGAGGACUCCACUUUGAGUCCUCUCCAUUAUGUGUGUGAGCGCAGGAGUCCUCGCAGUGCAUUUUGCUGGUUUGUGGGAACACAAGUGAGUAUAACGAUAAAAAUUACCUAAUCGGACUCAGCAUCACUUACACUAUGCACCGCUUACUCUAGUUUGGGGGGAAUUUCGGAGCUGACAAAUUCCCUUUAAAGGGGUUUUCCCACAGUCCUCAUCAGUGAUAAAUGUUUCCAUCGACCCUUUAGACAUUGAAUGGAUCAGCAUGGCACAAGCUGGACUGCUACACCAUUCAAACUCCUUUUCACUGCGGGGAAGAGGAACACGGGGGGGCAAGAUACCAGCAUAAUCUAGCCAUAGACAUGAUACACCGGGCUUUAUAUAGUCACCGUUACUGACGAGUCCAAAAUUCAGAAUAGUGCCACUGACAGCAAUAAGGUGAGAAGUUAGGAAGAAAUAUCUAUGUAGAUAUGAUUAAUGCCGGAGUCCGGGGUGCUGAUAUAUGAAUUUCCUUUCCAUGUUAGGGAAAUAAAAUACAUGUAACGAUCAUCAGCUUUCCAGUGUGAGGACCUUGCCAAACAGCAGCCCAUAUCUCAGCAUCCAGGACCUCUGUGAGUGCAUGGGAAGCAAUCAGUAAGGGGUAUCGUGAAUACAUUCUCAGAUUUGGAAUGGAGUUAGGCUUCAAAGGAGUUUUCCAGGGUAAUCGUUUUCGCUUGUAAAAAAAAAAAGAGGAUGCAAUGGGUUAACGACCGCAAAUAAUCAUUACUCCACACAUCGAUCUCCCACCGCUGCCAUUCCAGCGCUACUCCAGUCCCUGCUCAUCACUUUCUGGUCCCAGGCUCCAGACACACAAAACUUGAACUGUGCACUUGUUCUAUCACAAAGGUUAAUGUAAAAAAGGUUGUCCAGUUUAGACAGCCUCUUUGUUUUAAAGUGUAACAAU